AUGGCAGUCAAGCUACUGAUUUUCCUUCUAGGAACAAUUAUGUUUGUAACAAUCUGUGGGCACCCGAUGCCAGAUAAUGAGCCUACUAUACCCGAGAUCUCUAUACCAGCUGAACCGUUAAAGGAAGCUCAUGCAAAAACAAACACGUCUAAUGCUGUACCAACUGAAGACCAUGGAAAAUCAAUAAAUGAGGAAGAGAGCCAGGAAAAACCUCUUCCAGAACAAGUCAACGAAAACGAUUCCACAGAACAACUCAACGAAAAAGUAUCAAAUAAAAAUAGCCCUGAAACUCAAGCACAAGGUAACGGGAACCCUGUUCAACCUGCUGUAAUGAUACAAACAAAUGACCAACCGUCGGAUGCAAACAAACAGCGCCAGCAGCAGCAGAAUCAACAGGACGUAAUAACGACUCCACAACAAGUCCAGCGACAAACUCCUAGUCGACAAGAGAAUCCACCAAACACUCAACUAAGUCAGGAGAUACCGAACUUACAAACGGUGCCGGAACUGCAACAGCAGCAACCAAAUCGACUUUACAUCGUGAUACCAGCACCAUCAAAUCAGUUACCAACUAACUUCCCUUUUCAACCGCUAUAUUUCAAUUCGAGCCAACGUCUAUCACAACCUCAAUUUAUAUUUAAUCAGCCUUCACCUAUGCUGCCAAUGUUAUCUUUUCCAUCAAUGAUGUUUCCAUCACAACAGUUUCCAGCACCGGCUUUUAUAACGGUACAGCCAGGAACUAAAACAGAAGACAUUCCACGACCGCUACAACCAAAUCAACAACUUGGUGGAAUGGCGCAACCCAAUCUGCUACCAACAUUUUAUGUGCCACCGAACACACCGUAUGGCAAUGUGCGACCACCGUUUCCAAUGGUGUUUAGUCCACCAGUACUACCUCAACUACCACAAUUUGUGCUUCAUAGUCAACAGACUAGUCCAUCAGACACUGUGAUAGGACAAUCUUCAGUUUAUUUAGGUCAACCCAAUCAAAACCAAGAGUUCAUUUUAAUUAGAACGAAGUAA